AUUUGCACCACGUGCGGGAAGUGGCGGUCUUGCAUUUACUCCCAGUCUCUCGCGAAUUUUACGUUUCAUGUGUGGUGGAGGACGAAGCGAGGGACCCGGGAAGACGAUGUCGCAGAGAUCUCGGGCAUCAGCCAGGGCAUCGGUGGCCAAUGCAGUGCCAGCCAAACCAGGUCGAGGCCGGGGCCGGAAGCGCACCCGAACAGAAAUCCCCGCAGCAGAAGCCAAGAAAGUAAAACUCCAGCUUGAGGUGCCACAGGUUGACAGUGGUGUGGUCCUCACAGUUGGCAUGGGGGAUGUGGGCCAACUGGGUCUUGGCCCAGAUGUUGAGGAGAAGACUCGGCCAGCUGUGGUGAACCUCCCAGAGAGCAUCGUGGCCAUAGCUGCCGGCGGUCUUCACACAGUUUGCCUGGACAAGAAUGGAAAGGUAUACACAUGGGGCUGCAAUGAUGAAGGUGCACUGGGCCGCAACACUACCUGUGAGGAAGAAUGCUUUGUCAGUGGUGUGGUGGAGUUAGAUGCCAAAGUUGUACAAAUUUCUGCUGGGGACUGCCACUCAGCAGCACUCACAGAGACUGGUGACGUGUACAUAUGGGGCUGCUUCAGGGACAACAAUGGACCAUUGGGUCUGUUGACCGAAGGGAGUGGCAGCAGGACCCCUCAACAGGUGCUGGCAGGUACACCAGUCAUCAAGGUGUCUUCAGGAAACAACCACCUAGCCCUGCUGUCCCAGGAUGGCCGAGUUUUCACUUUUGGGUGCGGAGAGGUUGGGCAGCUGGGAAGGAUUGCUGAAGUAUUUGCUUCUAGGGGUUCCAGGAACAGGAAUGGAAUACAGGCACUGCUUGAGCCCCAGCCCAUCAAGGUGUACUAUAGACGCAAGGCUGUUUUGUUUGAUGAGGUGUGGGCUGGAGGGCUGGGAACCUUUGUGCGUGGCAAGACCUCUGGUGACAUCUAUGGCUUUGGUCUCAACAACUACAACCAAAUGGGGGAUGACGACACCAACCAAAAGUUCCAGCCUGUGCGACUCAAGAGCUUUGCUGGUAAGACUUGGAAGCAACUCUCAAUAGGACAGCAUCACAGUUUGGGAAUGACAGAAGAAGGAGUCGCUCACUGCAUGGGCCGGCGGGAAUAUGGACGACUUGGUCUGGGUGAGCUGAAGGAGGAUAUGAAGAAACCAACACCCAUCACUUCACUGGAGAAACACAAGGCCAAGAGUGUGUCUGCUGGGGAGUGUGUCUCUCUGGUGGUGGUAGAGGGAGGCCAAGUGUUUGGAUUUGGCAUGGGCACCAAUAACCAGCUGGCCCAGGGUGAUGACGAUGACCAACUGGUGCCAGUGCCUCUGGGAGGGAAGCAGCUGGCUGAGCGGAAUGUGGUUGCAGCGCAAGCAGGCGGCCAACACACAGUCAUCCUUGCCGUUCCAAGGUGAUCCCAGGGACACUAGGGAAAUAAAUAAAUCAAUUUAGUGAUAUUGUGUGGUUGCCCUUCCCUUUUACCUGGCCUCACCUUGCUCAAGUGUCUUAAUGCCCUACCAUUGAUUUCGAUCAGCCAGAUGUUACUUUACAUAAUAAUUACUCUUCCCUCCACUUAUUACUUCUUACUCCUGUGUGUGUGUGUGUGUGUGUGAAUGUCAGAUGCAUUGUUGUUGCAUCAUUUCAGUGUGCAUCUGGUAACAAUGGGUGGUGUUGACAUUUGGUUACUGGUGAGGCCAGAGUUGGGGGUUUCAGAUGAUUCAGUCAUUAAUAAUUUUAAUUUAUUUAUUUAUUUUUUUUUUUUUUGUGUGUGUGCGUUACUUGGGUGAAACUAAAUCUCUUUGUUAGCUUUAGUUGAUUUUACUUUGUUUUUAUUAAGACAAAAUGUUGAUUUUAUUAGUUAACUUAUUGCAUAGGAAACUUGGGUGUGUCAUGAUGUUUGCUUUUAAAGCUAAGUUUAACUGCCCAUGAGCUCAAUUUAACAAAUGAAAGCAAGCUGUAUCUUUUGUGUUCCAUGUUUUUUUUUUUUUUCAAAUUUUGUCAAGACUGAAAAUUUAAAAAUUUAUUUGUUACAAAUUUUGGUAAGACUGGAAAUAUAAAAUUCAAUUCAUGAUGAGUACAAUAUUUCUGUGAUACAAUGUACUUUGUAGGAUGAUAUUACGAACAGAAGGUUUACCAUUGUAAUUCAUCAAUUGAUAAAGAUAUUUUGAUUUUCCCUAUUAUUAUUAUCAAAGAUAAAAAAUGGUGGUGAUGGUAUUGAAAAUAACAAUAAAUGUGGGAAUUCUACAGGUAAUAAGCACUAUACUGUGGUGAGAGUGGACACAGCUUCCCCCAUACCUAAGCUUUGAUGCUCCAUAUACAGCCAUGGAAUGUAUGAAAAAAAAUAAAUUUUUAUGUAUUGCAGCUCA